CAUUCCUUUUUUUAGUCGAGUGAGCCUACGACACGCCUUCGCAUCAGACGGCAGCCUCUCGCUCCAGUCCAGGGAAAUCUUCCCCAAAUCUAGAGCCCGAGCGCGGCAGCUCAGUCCGGAGCUCGCGUCGCCGUCUCCGCCGCGGGCGCCGCUGGCCUCCGCGCGCCUGGGCGUCGAUCGGGACGAUGGCAAGCGCGAGACAAAUUCAUGAUCUUUUUCGUUUCACAGGCAUUUUUUUUUUUUGAAGUAACUGCGCUCGCCAUUUCAUCGUCUUGAGCAUUUCGUCGAGCAGUUGGUAGGCGGGCCUUGGUAAAGGCCGCUUUUUUUUUCCUCUUUGUGGAGCAAGAGACGGACCGGCUACCGGCCAGCAGUUUGGAGCUCUGGUCUCUGGCAACUUGACGAUUGAGCAGGAAGGUCGUAGAGAACAGUGUUCGUGUCAGUUUGUAGAGUCCAGAGAGUUAGGACGCCGUUUUGGAUUAUUUUCUUUUCCCUUGGUUCAUGGAUAUGGCCUCUGCGCUGCUUGCUGCCCUAGCUGUGUGUGUCUGCAUUUUGGCCAGUGGAGCCAUGGCUGAUGGUCAGAAUGUCACCGGUGAUGGUUCAAGGCCAGCUGAGCUGCGCAUCGGUGCGCUGUUCACGUUUCAUUCGGUUAUUGGGAGAGCAGUGAAGCCGGCUAUUGAGCUCGCUGUUGCAGAUGUCAAUGCUGAUCCAGGUGUUCUUCCUGGGACGAAGCUGAGCAUUACAAUGCAGGAUACCAAUUGCAGCGGCUUUCUUGGAACCAUCGAAGCAUUGGAGCUUCUCGCAAAGGAUGUCGUUGCUGUAUUAGGUCCACAGUCUUCAGGCAUUGCUCAUGUCAUUUCUCAUGCUGCUAAUGAACUCCAUGUUCCGCUUGUCUCCUUUGCAGCAUCUGAUCCUACCCUUUCUUCCCUUGAAUAUCCUUACUUUGUGAGGGCUACGACAAGUGAUUGCUUCCAAAUGGAUGCUAUAGCUAGCAUCAUCAAUCAGUAUCGAUGGAGAGAAGUCAUUGCCAUCUAUGUUGAUGACGACUAUGGUAGAGGUGGCAUCACAGCAUUAGGUGAUACUCUAGCAAAAAGGAAAUCCAAAAUAGCCUACAAAGCCAAGUUACCACCUGGUGCUUCAAGGACUACCAUCGAGGAUAUGUUGAUGCAUGUGAAUGAAAUGCAGUCUCGUGUCUAUGUUGUCCAUGUAAACCCUGACUCUGGUAUAGAAGUUUUCUCUGCUGCGAAAUCUUUGGGAAUGAUGAGUAGUGGAUAUGCAUGGAUAGCAACAGACUGGCUCUCUGCAGUGUUGGAUUCGCCUGAGCAUAUUAACUCUGAUAGAAUGCAGCUUACUCAGGGGGUUAUUAUGCUUCGGCAACAUGUUGCGGAUUCUGAUAUUCAGCAUUCGUUGCUUUCAAGAUGGAGAAAUCUGACCAGGAAUGAAGGUCAUUCAUGCUUGUGUUCUUACAGUAUGCGUGCUUAUGAUUCUGUAUGGAUAGUUGCUCGUGCUGUUGAACAACUUUUGAGUGAAGGGAAUGCAGUAUCUUUUUCUGCUGAUCCAAACUUACGAGAUGCAAAAGGAAGUAACCUUCAGUUAGGCUCCCUCAGAAGUUUCAACAACGGAGAAAAAUUACUGGAGAAAGUUUGGCACACGAAUUUCACAGGGGUUUCUGGCCAGGUACAAUUCACUAUGGAACAGGAUUUGAUCCACCCAGCUUUUGAUAUUCUGAAUAUUGGUGGUACAGGUUAUAGAACCAUCGGCUAUUGGUCAAAUGUUUCUGGUCUUUCAGUUGUUGCCCCGGAAAGGUUGCAUUCAGAACCACUGAAGUCUUCAACAAACUAUAUAGAGCUUCAUGGUGUUAUCUGGCCUGGUCAGACUGCUGAGAAACCUCGUGGUUGGGUGUUUCCAUUUCAUGGGAAGCCGUUGAGGAUUGGGGUACCUCUCCGUACGAGCUACAAAGAGUUUGUGAUGCAAGACAAAGGGCCUGAUGGAGUAAAGGGGUUUUCAGUUGAUGUUUUCAAAGCUGCAGUAGGCUUGUUGCCCUACCCUGUUGCAUUCGAUUUUAUUUUAUUUGGAGAUGGUUUGAAGAACCCCAGUUACAAUGACCUUGUUCAGAAGGUUUCUGACAAUUACUUCGACGCUGCAAUAGGGGACAUUGCGAUUGUGACAAAUAGAACAAGACUUGUUGAUUUUACCCAGCCGUACACAGAAUCUGGACUUAUUAUUCUAGCCCCAGCAAGGGAGGUUGAAUCGAAUGCUUGGGCUUUUCUAAAACCAUUCACCUUCCAAAUGUGGUCUGUCCUGGGCGUUCUCUUCCUUUUUGUGGGUGCAGUUGUUUGGGUACUUGAGCAUCGCACUAAUACUGAGUUCCGUGGACCCCCAAGGCAGCAAAUUAUGACAGUGUGCUGGUUUAGUUUUUCUACCAUGUUUUUCGCGCACAGAGAGAACACAGUUAGUGCACUUGGUAGAUUUGUGCUACUUGUCUGGCUAUUUGUUGUGCUCAUCAUUAACUCAAGCUAUACAGCAAGCUUGACAUCACUUCUUACAGUUCAAGAGCUGACAUCAGGGGUACAAGGGCUUGAUAGCUUGAUCUCGAGUUCAAGUUCAAUUGGCUACCAAGUUGGAUCGUUUGCAAGAAGCUACCUUGUAGACGAGCUCAAUAUUGCCGAGGGCCGUUUGGUGCCACUAAACAGCCCAUCAGAUUAUGCAAGAGCACUAGACUUAGGAUCAGGAAAUGGUGGUGUUGAUGCAAUAAUUGAUGAGCUUCCGUACGUGGAGAUCUUCUUAUCAAAAUACUGCAAAUUCAAGACAGUUGGCCAGGUUUUCACAAAAAGUGGGUGGGGAUUUGCCUUCCCAAGAGACUCCCCUCUUGCUGAGGACUUGUCAACAGCAAUCUUGACACUGUCCAAGAACGGCAAUCUUCAAAGGAUCCACGAUGAAUGGUUAACUGGGACAGAAUGCAGUGCAAAUGACAAGGAUAUUGGUUCAAACCGUUUGAGCCUUUCAAGUUUCUGGGGCCUCUACCUCAUCUGUGGCUUUUCAUGUGUCCUUGCUCUCUUGAUUUUCUUCUUCCGAAUAUUUUGUCAAUACAGCAAGUACAAUAACCAGGUUGGACUUGAGCGUCAUGAACCAGAGGUUGUAACUCGACCAGCAAGGUUAACUACUAUCAAGUCAAUAAUCUCAUUUGUAGAUAAGAGGGAGGAGGAGGUGAAGCAUGUUCUCAAGAAAAAGCCUAAUGACUGUCUGCAGCCAAGAAGAGGCAGCACAGGAGAACAAUCUACAUUACCACUAUGACAAAUUUAUCACUGGUCACUGCCUCACUGACAUAUUCAACAAAAUUCAUAAUCCUGCAUUAGAUCCAGCUGUGAAGGCCAAAGCCUGUAGAAGGUCCUUCAGAGUUGUUCUUUUUUUCCGGAACUCUGAAGUAUGACAGGAACAUUCCGAAUUGUGCCUAACUGUAACAUGCCUGAAUCCCCUUUCAACAGCUGCUUCUGGGAGACGUAGAGCAUUGGUUGCAAUUUCAGUUCCAAAUAAGUUGACAAGUUUGAACCUCUGUCAAGUUGAGAGGUUCCUUUUUUUUUUCGUUUGGAAGCAACCUCUGUCAAGUUCUUGUGGCUACAAUCUUAAGCAUCUUCCAAAUAAGUUGAGAAGUUUGAAUC